GUUUUCAGAGGUAUUGGCCGUCGAAGCUAAGACCACACAAACCCGUCAUCAUGUCCAAGUCCUUGGGCGUCCCGCUGAGCCUGCUCCAUGAAGGCGAAGGCCAUACGAUCACGCUCGAGCUCAAGAACGGCGAGAUCUACAAGGGCCACCUCAUGGAGGCCGAAGACAGCAUGAACUGCCAGCUCAAGGACGUGACGCUGACGGGCCGCGACGGCCAGCUCAGCCGCCUCGAGCAGGUCUACAUCCGUGGCAGCCAGGUCAAGCUCUUCAUCCUGCCCGACAUGCUGCAAAAGUCGCCGCUCUUCAAGAAGAUCCAGGCGCUCAAGAAGCCGAACGACAAGAAGGCCAAGAAGGGCAAGGGUCGUGGGCGCGGCGCGGCGCCCAAGCCGUAGUGCAGCGCGCAAUCGCUAGGAACCACCCACGACUCGUCCUAUCUUAUAACCACCUCGAAUAAAUAUCGUACACGUAGCAACGUCCUGCAA